CACCGACACCAGCUGAACUAGACGUUGUGUGCGCUGCUUCUCAUGUGGCGCGCGAGCGAAUGCAUCAUUAUUAUUUUUUUUGGCAACGAUAUUUGUUUACCGCUCGCGAGCAAACACAGCAGAGACAUGACUGUGUCUUCGGUGACUGAUCUCGCCGAGCAACACAAUCCAACCUGUGGAUAGUGUGCGUGGAGCGCGCCUGUGGCCACCGGCCAGUCUCCGCGGUCUGGGACGCUCUGCCUCGUCCAGCCCCGCUGUGCGCGUCUUCCACGGUUGGUUCCUGUCUGCGUCGGUGUGGGACGCGCUGUUCCCCGCCUGCCCUCCGCUGUGAGCAGGUAUUCAGUUUAUGAAUGGCACUGACAUGGAGGAAAUACCGUUUCAGAAAGUCAAAACCAGGCGGAAGAGAAGUCACUGUCCUCCGAGUGUCCCCUUGAACACCAUCGCGUGCGAGGACGAGUUCGACUGCAAGGAGCUCGAGUCCCUUUUCCAGAACUACAACCUGAAGCUGGAGCAGACGUCCACGCUCAAAGCGCUGGCCGUGCUCAUUUUCAUGUCCUCGACACUGGCCGUGGAGGAGUUGCUGUCCGGCCCCAGUCUCACCAUCUCCAAAGGGUCCCACCCGGUGCACUGUGUCAUCUUCGUCUCCCUGUUCAUCGUAACUAAUGUCAAGUACCUGCAAGUGACUCAGCUCCAGCAGAUUGUCAACCUGACGCUGCUCUUCGGCUUCACUUUCUCCUUCCUCUGUUGUCCCUUCUCCCUGGGCGCGAUGGGCAUGGAACCCCCGACCUCCCCGGAGCAAGGCAUGUGGCAGCUCAUCCUGGUCACCUUCGUCGCCUAUGCGCUCCUGCCUGUGCGGACACUCCUGGCUGUUGUGUUUGGAAUAAUGGUGUCCAUCUCGCAUUUGAUUGUGACAGCCACUUCAGUCACAGUGAAAACACAGAGACUAUGGAGAACGUUGGUUGCCAACACAGUGCUGUUCACAAGUGUCAACCUGUCAGGGCUGUUUGUGCGCAUCCUGACAGAGCGAGCCCAGAGGAAGGCCUUCCUGCAGGCUCGCAACUGCAUCGAGGAGCGACUCCGCAUGGAGGACGAGAAUGAGAAGCAGGAGCGUCUGCUAAUGAGUCUGUUGCCCAGGAACGUAGCUAUGGAGAUGAAAGAGGAUUUCCUGAAGCCCCCAGAAAGGAUCUUUCACAAAAUCUACAUCCAGCGCCAUGACAAUGUCAGCAUCCUCUUUGCAGAUAUAGUUGGUUUCACCAGCCUGGCCUCCCAGUGUACGGCGCAGGAACUGGUUAAACUGCUAAACGAGCUGUUUGGAAAGUUUGAUGAGCUCGCCACGGAGAAUCACUGUCGCAGGAUUAAGAUCCUGGGGGAUUGUUAUUACUGUGUGUCUGGACUGACCCAACCGAAGACAGAUCAUGCACACUGCUGCGUAGAGAUGGGCCUGGACAUGAUUGACACCAUAACGUCUGUGGCAGAGGCCACUGAGGUCAACCUAAACAUGCGUGUGGGCUUGCACACAGGUCGCGUGCUCUGUGGAGUGCUGGGUCUCAGGAAAUGGCAAUACGAUGUUUGGUCCAAUGAUGUGACCCUGGCCAAUGUGAUGGAGGCUGGAGGGUUACCUGGGAAAGUCCACAUCACCAGAUCUACACUGGAGUGCCUAAAUGGAGACUAUGAGGUGGAGCCUGGAAACGGUCACGAAAGGAACGCCUUCCUCCAAAAACAUGAAAUUGAAACCUUCUUUAUAGUGCCAUCUCACCGACGGAAGAUAUUCCCAGGAUUGAUUCUUUCGGAUGUCAAGCCCGCCAAAAAGAUGAAGUUCAAAACUGUGUGCUACUUACUCGUGCAGCUUAUGCACUGCAGGAAGAUGUUCAAGGCUGAGAUUCCGUUCUCCAACGUCAUGGACUGCGAGGACGGUGAUAAGCGGAGAGCCAUGCGUACAGCUCCACAGAAGCUGAGGAACCGUUCCAACACCAACCAGGCUAAAGUGAUCCAGAGCAGCCCCCGAACGCGGGUCAACCGCUACAUCGGCCGGCUGAUCGAGGCCCGGCAGACGGAGUCGGACACGGCUGACCUCAACGUCCUCACACUCAUGUAUAAAUGCUCUGAGCGUGAGCAGAGGUACCACCAGAUUCCAGACGAGUACUUCACCAGCGCGGUGGUCCUCUCUCUCAUCCUCGCUGCCUUGUUCGGCCUCGUCUAUCUCCUCAUCAUACCACAGGGCAAAGUGAUAUUAGUCCUCCUCGUCUUCUGCAUCUGUUUCCUAGUAGCUUGUAUCAUGUACCUGCAUAUCACUAGAGUACAGUGUUUUCCAGGGUGCCUGACCAUUCAGAUUCGCACUGCUCUUUGUAUUCUCAUAGUGCUCUUAAUCUACGCUGUGGCCCAGGCCUGUGUGGUGGGCUGCAUGCCCUGGUUGUGGGCAGGUAGUGCCAACACUAACAGCUCCAUCGUCAUCAUUGAUAACAUCAGUGGCACCAACCGCACUAUGGCGGAGCUGCCUUGUGACGGUGCCCGCUACGCCUUUCUUUCCUGUGUUGUAGGCACCCUCACGCUGGCACUUUUCCUGCGUGUCUCCUGGCUGCCAAAGAUGGCGCUAAUGCUCCUUCUGGGGGUGCUGUAUGUCACUGUGUUGGAGCUCAGUGGCUUUCGCAGGACUGCGGGUGGGGGGUCCUUCCACAUCCGGGGCUACGAGCCCAUCCUGUCUCUGUUGCUCUUUGUCAGUGCCCUGGCCCUCCACUCCAGGCAACUUGACCUCAAACUACGCCUGGACUUCCUAUGGGCUGUGCAGGCGGAGGAGGAAAGAGAUGGCAUGGAGAAAGUGAAGUUGGACAAUAGGCGGAUCCUCUUCAACCUUCUGCCGGCCCACGUGGCGCAACACUUCCUGCUGUCAAACCCCAGGAACAUGGUGAGCCCCGCUAAUACACAGGCAGGCAGACAGACAGAGAAACAGGACCUAUACUAUCAGUCCUAUGCACAAGUAGGUGUCCUGUUCGCCUCCAUUCCAAACUUCAAUGACUUCUACAUUGAGCUGGACGGAAACAACAUGGGCGUGGAAUGCCUCCGACUCCUGAACGAGAUCAUUGCCGACUUUGACGAGCUCAUGGAUAAGGAAUGCUACAAAGACAUAGAGAAAAUCAAAACCAUUGGCAGUACAUACAUGGCAGCUGUGGGCCUCGUCCCCACCAUUGGUACAAAGGCCAAAAAAUCAGUUUACGACCAUCUGAGCACAAUAGCAGACUACGCCAUCGAGAUGUUUGACGUUUUGGAUGAAAUCAACUAUCAGUCGUACAAUGAGUUUGUCCUGCGAGUGGGUAUCAAUGUUGGUCCAGUGGUUGCAGGCGUGAUCGGGGCACGGCGACCUCAGUAUGACAUCUGGGGCAACACGGUGAACGUGGCCAGUCGCAUGGACAGCACUGGAGUACCUGGGAAGAUACAGGUGACAGAAGAGGUCUAUCGCCUACUGAACACCAACUAUGACCUGGUGUGUCGUGGCAAAGUCAGCGUUAAGGGGAAAGGUGAGAUGCUGACCUACUUCUUGGAAGGGAAAGUUCAGGGUGUGGGCACAGCAACCACCUCUUCAGUGGUGCGUUCCGCCAGCUUGGCGCGUCGCAUCCACUCCUGUGGGAAGACGAGCGUCCCGACCAAUCUGGGCAGCGUCUCCUCUGCCGCCAGCCUGACCGUGCACGCCAGCAUGGGCAGCAACGUUCUGUUGAACGCUGCCAACAGCAGCAACAGCCAAGUAACAUGCCUGCCGUCUUCCUGCGUGCCCGCAGUGGGUGAGGAGGACGAGGAGGAGGAGGACAUAGAGGUGACGGAGAUCCAGAUUAAGGCUGUGGCAGCUGUUGCCGAUGUAGCAGUGUAGGAGGAAGGAUGGGGACGAUGAAAACUUAGAGCUAAAA